CUUUUUCUCUUGGCACGCUCCUCACCUAAAUCUUCCUAAUAACUGUGGAUGUUUAAGGCACGGCGGACUGGUGACUAAGCGGCGCAGUUUCAAAGGUAAUUAUAUUGAUAGAUUUUGUUGUUUAAACCACUCUGUAUCAUAUGUGGUAGGUACCGUACCCAGGUAUUAGCUUGCUUCCAAGAAUUUGAUCUCGGCGUCAUCAUCUUCUUUGUCGGCAGUUUUCCGGCUUGCAAUCAACACUCUUGAGGAUAUCGGUAAUGGGACGGGCGCUACCCGGGCUCAAUUACAACAGAACGCGCCGCCGAAUUCCCUGCGGAAGAUGUGCGGCUGUUCAUACUAUGUAUGGUGUAUUAUGCCAGUAGAAUAGCGGUGUCAUUCUCAACUAUUGAUCUUCGUUGUUCCUUACGCCCAACUCAUCUUAUCUAUUCGGAUUGCCAAUAUUCUUUCUCCGCGAUUCUUAUCAUCCAUUGACCAUACCUCUACAUGAUCACCAGCAAUGGCUCCCGUAAACGAGAACCCAGAAUAUUCCUUAGGAAAAUGGUCCGACGGACCAGCAUCUCCACCUCCCGACGAUAUCAUUUCCAAUUUUAGCAACCCGCCGAAUAAAAAUGCUCUUGUUCGAGCCGUGCUCAUUCUUGUCCUUAUUAUAACGUCAAUAUGCGUCCUUGUACGAGUGUACUCCGGGUUGCUACUGAAGAAACUAACCGUUCCUGAUGUACUUGGGAUUCUGGCAUUUGCCUUAUACGUGACAUUUGUCAACCUCUUCUUCGAGCUUGUGAAUUCUUAUGGCUGGUUUAUUCACAUGUGGGACCUACAACUGAAGGACUUCCCUGCUGUUAACCAGGUUUACUUCGAAGGACUACUUAUCUACUUCGGCCUUCUUAUUCUUAUUAAGUCGGCUAUUUUGUUGGAGUGGAUCUCCAUAUUCGUCCCAGCCGGAACUCACAAUUUCUUCUUUUGGAUCAGCUGGUCAAUCAUGGCCAUCCACGCCUUGUUCUAUAUAUCCAUGAUCAUUCUUGAACUAACAGCCUGUUCUCCGUUCGAAAAAACCUGGAACCCCUUGGUCUCGGGAAAAUGCCUUGACACAAUGAGCAUAGCUGUUAUAAUGUCCACCGUUAACCUCAUAUUCGACGUGUUGAUUUUUCUGCUCCCACAGAAGGUGAUAUGGGGUCUGCAAAUGCGUAGCAAAAAGAAGAUAGGCUUAUCUAUUCUGUUUGCCGUUGGAAUUCUUGCAUGCGUCGCAGCAGCCUUUCGACUUGCUGCUUCUCUCGAAUUCUAUAACUCUCGAGACACAAGUUACACAUUCUCCGGGCUGGCACUCUGGUGCUUGGCUGAAGUGACGUGCGGCUUCAUCGUUUUAUGCGGACCCUCUGCGCUGAAUACAAUUCGGCAUCUUCAAAUCCAACAGUUAGCUACAAGAAUGAGAUUCUGGGCAGGCUCUCCUGUUCGAAAAUUUACAUCUCCGGGAGGCUCAAGUAGAAACUCCAUAUCUAGUAUAACUCGCAAGCAGUCCAAUUCGAGCCUAUCUCAAAAGAGUCUCGAUCACGAAGAAUAUGACACUAUUGCUAUGGUUCCCUGGAUACCAGUCUCUCACGACUCCAAUCCUCCGUAUACACAACCUGAGUAUGCCCUCAAGACCGACGAAUUGGCGAUGUUUUAAACUACUCAAUUUACCACUGCCAAGAGCCAAUUGUCCAACAACGUCCCCUAAGAUUAGAACAACCGUCAACAUCCCUAGAACUCGAAGCUGCCCACCUAAGGUUAGAGGGUUAGGGUUAGGGGCAGUACCUACGUUAUCUUCAUGGAAACCUUGGAAGUGUUGAAAGGAUGCGGAUUAGCUCAUGAUUGGAAUUCUAGCAAUUAACUAUGAAGUUACAUUGACAAGAAACAUUUCCUACCUUCUACCCCCCUCCCUUGCUUUUUUUAUCAUAGUUCUUGGGCAACAACUUCUCAGAGCAUUCGCCAAUAACUACAACUGGAAGGUAACUCAUAAAAGCGGGUAAGCCUAACUACAUGUAGCUAGCGACGAUCGCCCGGCCAAUCGCGUUGAAUUUAAGAUGCUUUGAUAAUCGAAAAUGGCAAUUCUUCUUUAUGGAGUGCCCCCUUC